AUCACAUGUCAAGUCAAUACAAGUCAACCGCUACCGCACGCCUACGCAAAUCAGCAUCUCGCCGACCGCUUCAGAAUCUCGGUGUGCUGUGUCCUGUUACCAUAACUCGGAUACCAUCAAUGGAACUGUGCCUCUCGCUCAUAAAAGACAGAAGUGCAGCAGUCGUGCUUAGCAUAGCAAUCUUCCUGGCCAGCUUCACGCCCUCCCUCAACGCUCGUGUUGACCCUGACGAGACGUGGUGGUUGAAUCCUUGCAGCAAGCAGACGCAGUACAGGUAUGGGAGAAGUGCGGCUGAAAAUCAGCUGCGCACCUUCAUCGACAGGAUCGACACCAGGUUCUUCAAAGAGCUCAGGGAGCUAUACGAACAGCCUGCUCACCACAAGCAGAUGAGGGGGAGCUGCAUCAGGGUCAACAACAUGUUGCAGUCCAUCAGGAAGACGAAGAACGAAACUGAGGCGAAAGAGCUGUUUUACGACUCGAUGGUCCAGUUCGCAGUCUUCAUUGACCGAUUGAAAAGGGUUCCUCUACAGACAGACGCCAACUUUCAGAUAGGAAGACGCAGGCGGCUCUACGAGGAAACCAAAUCCAACCUCAAGUUACUCUUGUGCGAGUACAAUGACACCUUAGCCAAAGGUCGUGAGAUCUAUCUGCCUUCUAGAAAGCCACGGGUGCCUCGGAUCAACCUUAGGUGUCUACCAAAGGUGAUGAACCAUACAGAAGCACUGAAUGUUGACGUCAGCUUCUUCAGGAAGCUAAAAAAGUUCUUCAGGCAAAGUCGCGCGAUAAUGAAGAGAAAGAGACAGACUAGAGCAAAAAAACGGGAUCCAAAGCGGCACAAAAAUGUGAAUGUGGUGCAAUAAGGAGAAACUUGUAGGGUCAGUUUUUCAAUGAUGAUAAAUCUGUCUACCAAGAGGAAACCUGAAAAAUGCAUCAUGUAUGAUGUAUUUUUACAUUCAACCAUCAUUGACAAGAACUGGCCGUUAGUCAAACUCAUACAAGGCUGUGAUAUUAGCUGUAGGAUAUUAUGUGCUAACUUAUUUAUUUAUUAUUUAUUUUUACGUGACUUGAUCAGGUUGUAAAUAAUAAGGUAGAUAUUUAGAUUAGUGCAAUCUUGCCUGAAGCGAGAUUUAGUAGAGGUCGAUUUUUAGCCGAAAUCAAAGACUAGAGAAACGAAGUACAUAUAUCUGGAAAAUUUUACUUCGACUGAUUGCCCAUACAGACGUAGAAAUAUUUUCUUAGUUGUAAGAGCGUUAUAGUUCAGUUAUGAGUGUGCUCAAUGAAAUUAGCAAUAUUUGCACUUUUCGACUUGUCAAGUUUGUGGGGGCUAUCAUGUAGAGCAAGACAAUGGAAGAUAUCAUGAUACACCCAACCUUAGAAUAUAUCGAUUUGGCAAAAAAUGAUGCGUGCAUAAGCUAACAUCAAAACAUACGUUAAAAGCUGUCAAAAAUUUGGGAACAUUCCGCAGGAAUCAUUAUAUUCUACUAGUCUCCAGAAUUGCUCUCUGGUACACUCAUCUCUCUCUCUCAGCCAUCACACAAUUAUGAAAUCAAAUAAGAUCCUGCAGAUGUAUGUACGCGAAUUACACUAAAAUUACGUAGUAACUUCUGACAAAUCAUCCUCUACCAACAUUGCCAACAUUUCUUGCAGAAAAAAACACGAUCCUGCCUAACGGGACGAUGAUCGACAAAGACUUCAAAUGCCUCACAAAGCAUACAAUAUAUUUUUAUGGCCAGUGUUUGUUAUUACUGUUUGUUCUUUCCUCUUCAUAGUUUUUACAUGUCGCUAAGAAACUGUAAACUGCCUACCUCUUUUGUGUGAAAAACUCUUUAACGUCAGUAUUUAAAGCUCUCUGGAAUCCGAGAUUUUGCAGUUGCUCGGGUUGCUAGAUGAUGGUACUAAUUUUCAAUUGCCAGCAAUUAUUUGCAAUUUUCAUUUGUUUUUAUAUGCGAAUGUAGUUGGCCAAAGCGCGGGAAUGUCUCUCGGAGCGGUCAAUGAGCCACUCUUUUAAUCGUUAUAUGAACUAUUAGUACGGGUCGUAGGAACAAAAAUUAUGUCACUUUUUGUAAUUUUGCGAAGUCAGCGAAAUUUUUCUCAAAUAUCCAAUAUGCCCUAUGCGAGCCUCUGCAGUGUUUAGAUCUCCGAACCUAUUAAAAGGGUAUAAUAUUGAAAUGAUAGUGGUGAUAGGCAUUUCUAUGGUCAACUUUUAUCUUUCACCAAAGGGUUGCAAUGUUCUCAGUUUUUAUGAUUGUUCAGUUACGAGUAUACCAGAAUAACCACCAGAACCUUUUCAUUUUCAAAAUUAAUGUUUGAAAUGGAUCCUCUUAAAUUAAAUUGUUUGCCCAGAACCGCAAUUAAUUGUUGAAAAGUAAUGUUAUUUAUAAAAUUAUGUUUAACUUCAAAACUUGAAGGAAUCCAGAAACUUCAUGCAAGACCCAUACCAUACAAUCCAUCGCCUGUACAGUUUGUAUUAUUAUAUCGCUGGUGAACACCGUGCUUCGCCACCGACCUGUAUUAUAUUUUGUGAUAUAUUUUGUAGGAUCUAUGUAUUUAUUAGCAUUUAUUUUGUAUCAUGUAUAGAACGCUUGAUGUCGCUGGGAAUAUAAAUAUCAUAUUUCACAGUAAGCGAAAAUUCUGAGUGUUAGAUAUUUUUGGAUAUACCAUAUUCCAAAUUGGCACUGCUUAACGCCUUAUUUUGUGCGUAGCUGAAACACCCCACACAUCUGACACAUAUUAUGUUUUUACCUGAAUAAAACAGUAUUUUUUGUAUCACGAUUUUACCCAUUUCAUUUAAGAUUCCAUCACAUUAGCGAACUUGUAAUGAGGCUGACAUUUUGUGUUUUAUACAAUUUUCCUAUUUAUUUUCAUCCUGCACCUACUUAGCAUUAUCUUAUUUAAUUUUGUGUCGAAUCUGAGAUGCGUUUGCCACCAUUCUUAUGAUCCUCGUUCUUAUUUAUUUUAUUUAUUAUUCUGUCAUUCCACUUUUUGUACUUUAGCCUAUCAUUUCAUCAUUCCUG